UCCAUAUCAUGUGAUUCAGGUGUUCCAAUCCCCUCCCAAUCAUGUAAUUCAGGUGUUCCAAUCCCCUCCAUAUCAUGUGAUUCAGGCGUUCCAAUCCCCUCCAUAUCAUGUGAUUCAGGUGUUCCAAUCCCUCCCAAUCAUGUGAUUCAGAGGGUGUUCCAAUCCCCUCCAUAUCAUGUGAUUCAGGUGUUCCAAUCCCUCCCAAUCAUGUGAUUCAGGUGUUCCAAUCCCCUCCAAUCAUGUGAUUCAGGUGUUCCAAUCCCCUCCAUAUCAUGUGAUUCAGGUGUUCCAAUCCCCUCCAUAUCAUGUGAUUCAGGUGUUCCAAUCCCCCCUCUAGGGACACAGGUGUAUACAAUCAAGCCCCUAGGCAUGCAGACUGCUUC